AUGAUUUUUCAAUAUGCAAAUGGUGGAAAGCUUGAUGAUUAUAUUAGUAAUUAUGUUGUAGAUUGGGUUUGGAGAGAAAGAUUAGAGGCACUAAAUAACAUCAUUAAAGGUCUCAGAAAAAUUCAUGAAAAUAAAAUGGUUCAUCGUGAUUUUCAUACAGGAAAUAUUUUAUCAUCAUUUAAUAAUUAUUAUUCUUCUACUUUAAAUCCUAUUAGUAAUAUAUGUAUUUCAGAUAUGGGUUUAUGUGGUGAAGUUAGUAAUAUAAAUGAAAAAAAUAUUUAUGGUGUUAUGCCUUUUGUAGCUCCUGAAGUGUUAAAAGGAAAACCUUAUACUCAAGCAGCUGAUAUAUAUAGUUUUGGUAUGAUUAUGUAUUUUAUAAUGACUGCAAAACAACCUUUUGCUGAUUGCGCUCAUGAUAGUAUUUUAGCAGUAAAGAUAUGUAGUGGAAUAAGACCUGGUAUAAAUGAACUAGAAGCACCAAAGUGUUAUAUUGACCUGAUGAAAAGGGGAUUAAUUGAAAGUGAAUAG